AUGGACUCGCCAAUCGUCACCCGCCUCUUCAGGGAGCUCUUCCGCCAUCCCGCCUGCCAGUCCAGACAGCGAUUGUCGGCCCGGCUUCGACCUGCAGCGAACCACAUCUGCCGCCAACCGCACCAUCACCAACGACGACAGUAUGCCGUCAAGUCCGGCCUCGGCAAGGGUGAGAAGACAAACGAGAGCAGGUGGCAGCAGAGGACCCAGCUGUUCCCGGCCGACAGGUCUGAGGAGUUUGAGACCUACCCUCUCGUCACGGCUGAGGAUCUGAAGGGGCGCGACGUGAGGCCAAGAAAGGUCAAGAUGCUCAUGCGAGACUUUGUCGACGACAGCUUGUACAAUCCCAAUUACGGCUACUUCUCCAAAAACGCCGUCAUCUUCUCCCCCGGCCAGCCCUUUGACUUCCCCGCCUUCAGCCACGAACCGGCCUUCUACAAGGAGCUGGGUCACCGCUACACCGAGUUUGAGGAUGCCCUCGACGACAAGGAGGGCGUCAAGGACGACCGCCCGCUGUGGCACACGCCAACGGAGCUCUUCCGACCCUACUACGGCGAGGCCAUCGCCCGCUACCUCGUCUCCAACUACCGCCUCACCACCUACCCCUACCACGACCUCAUCAUCUACGAGAUGGGCGCCGGCCGCGGCACCCUGAUGCUCAACAUUCUCGACUACAUCCGCGACAUGGACCCCCAGGUCUACGCCCGCACCAAGUACAAGAUUAUCGAAAUCUCCUCCUCCCUCGCCGCGCUCCAGGGCCAGAACCUGCUGCGCGCCUCGGGCCACGCCGACAAGGUCGACAUCAUCAACAAGUCCAUCUUCGACUGGGACGAGCGCGUGCCCUCGCCCUGCUUCUUCCUGGCCCUCGAGGUCUUUGACAACUUUGCCCACGACUGCCUGCGCUACGACCUACGCACUGAGGAGCCCCUCCAGGCCCGCGUCCUCAUCGACGACGACGGCGACUUUUACGAGUUUUACGACACCCGCCUCGACCCCGUCGCCGCCCGCUUCCUGCGCGUCCGCCACGCCGCCACCGCCGGCCGCUACCCGGCCCCCUACCCGGCGAGCCGCCUCGCGCGCGACCUCCGCAGCCGCCUGCCCCUGGCCCCCAACCUCUCGGCCCCCGAGUACAUACCCACGCGGCUCAUGCAGUACCUCGACGUCCUCGAGAAGUACUUCCCCGCCCACCGCCUGCUGACGAGCGACUUCCACGCCCUGCCCGACGCCAUCGAGGGCCUCAACGCGCCCGUCGUCCAGACGCGCUUCGAGCGCCGCACCGUGCCCGUGACGACCCCUCUCGUGC